CACUGGAAGUCCCUGAAAGGUGGACAGCGUUCAACAGCUGCUACUGUCAAUAGCCGUUAAUGUGGUGAAUUAAGAGAGGUCUGACUACAGUGCUGCUCAUGGCCCAUGGGAGCUGCGUGAGUCAGCCCAUGCACUCAGUGAUGGAGCCCGCGGAGGGUCCCACGGGGAUGAGGUGUAUCUGGGAGCGACGCAAAGAGCUCCUUAGGAGAGGCGUCCCAAAGUCGGACACUCUGGACAAUCUGAGGGAGAAGAUUCUGGAACAGAGGCGGGUGAGGCUCAGGACGUUGGCCAAUCAGAGGAGGACGCCUGUUGAGGAAGGAAUAUUGGUGAACAACAAAGUCCAGCACGGGGUCCAGAUGACCAGAAAAGUUUGCAGAGUGACCUUCUCUCUCAAAGGAGGAGGUUCUGGUGGUGGGAUGGCGGUCAGAUCGUCGUCCAGAGGGGCUUCUGAGAGGGAGUCCUGUGCGAAGAGAGGACCAGCGAGAGGACCAGCGAGAUCAGACGCUCCCAGCCCUCCUCCGCUGCCCAUCCCUUGUCUCACUGUAGGAGAGCAUUCAGCUAACAUCUCCGCCUGGCGUGACGCCCAAAAACUCAUGAAGCACUUCCUGGGGUCAACGAGGACAGCACUCACCAGCACCAAAGAGAACGUGGCACCCUCUCCACAGCGUGCCAACAGCUUGACUGCACCUGUUGGGCCACAAGGUCUGAUUAAUAAGCCAGGUAGCACAGAUGAGUCAGAGGCUCUGGACUGUGAUCAGAGAUGUCUAGACCACUUAGUGCUUCAGCCCACAUCAGCCAAGACUGGGAUGAAGGGAAUCCGUAACCUUCCUCCUCCCAAGACUGGAGUGAAGGGAAUCCGUAACCUUCCUCCUCCUAAGACAGUUGGGAAAGAGAAACACACAAACACACACAAACACACACAACUGCAACACACACUCACACCAGUGGCUGAUAUCACAGAAUCACACACACAACCUGGACACACACAUGCGGCCGGCAGAUGGCCCAAGCCCGAGCUGCAGGAGUACAUGCGACGCCAAGGGGUCAAGAGGACGAGGAAGAUGAGACGACAGGCGAGGGAGGCCGAGGAGGAGGAGGAGAGGAGGAAGAACAGACUCCAAGAAGUGACCAGGAGACAGAGAGAGGCGCUGGCACGCAGCAGGAGGACAGUGGACGCUCCCUCAGCGGAAAGGAGUUCCCCUGGCUCUGCUGUAGCACAGAGGGAGGCUGUUUCCUGGAGCCAUGUCAGAACAUCCCUGCUGCACACAGGAGGGACCGCACAGACUAGCAUGACCCCAGCAGCUGGGACAGGAGGGCAGGUGGGGUCACCUGGGCAGGUGUGGGGGCGUGUCCUGGCGCAGACCCAGAGGGAGAGAGCGGAGGCACUGAGGGAUGCCGCGGCCUCUCUGGACGCUCGGCUGGAGGACGCUCUGGCUCUGUGUCGGCCUCGGGAUCCGGGUCUAACCCCACACACAGCACUGGACUCUGGCCCAGAUCUGUCCCAGAUGAGGCCCACAUCCCAGACUCCCGCUAGAGCCUCACCGCCCACAGACACAGUCCCCAGUCAGGAUCACAGACCCCAAACACCCGCUAGAGCCUCAACAACCACAGACACAGUCCCCAGUCAGGAUCACAGACCCCAAACACCCGCUAGAGCCUCAACAACCACAGACACAGUCCCCAGUCAGGAUCACAGACCCCAAACACCCGCUAGAGCCUCAACAACCACAGACACAGCCCCCAGUCAGGAUCAUAGAGGCUCUACACAGAGGUCAGUCUUCAGUGCAGGACUUCAGAGAGAUGGAUGCACCCAGUCAAACAGUAUCAUGGAGGCACUAGGUGUUGGGGACUCUGCUCUAGCUGGAGAGUGGGUGGGUCAUGCAGAGAGGCCUAUGUUAGGCGGCAGUGACACCAGACCCACAUGCUCCCCCAGACCCACCGUCUCCACCAACACCAACACCAACACCACCACCACCAGCAGCAACACCACCAGACCCAUCCUCUCCAACACCAGCAGCAGCAGCCCCUCCCUCUGCUCCAGCUCAGACUCCACCAGUAAGUGGAGUGAGCUGAGUGAGUUCUACAGCCAGGGGGCGCUGAAGGGCCACCUCUCUCUGGCCCAGUCCCUGCAGUUCCUGAGAGAAGAAGAGCUACGUGCACGGCACGCGAGCGCCCUCUUCAGGCUCAGAGCGGAAGCGCUGCGAGAGAGGACCCACGCUGAGCUCGGGCUUCUGGACCAGUGGAAGAGUGAGCUAGGGCUGGGGGACCCUGAGGCCCUCACUCAGAUGAACAGGAAGAGGGAUGAGGUCAUCAGGCUCUACCAGCAGGAACAGACUGGAUCCACCGGACCCACUGGGCGCAGGCUACUGCUGCAGCAGCAGAACCAUUCUCAGCAUCACGGGAGAACCACAGUCUCGCCUGACACGCACCCGGGAGGACACCUGAGGAAGAGGAUAAGCGUAGGGACCGCCGGGGCGUCCAUCCCGCGUGAAGGACAUCAGAGGCAGCCCACACAGGCCUGCCCAGAAGGGGAGUAG